UGAUCCUAAAGAUAAAUUCUUGAAUUGAGUAUGUGCCCAGGCAUUGAAUUCUGCAGUUCUAGCCUUGCCUCAUUUAAUUGCUGUUUAUCUAGAUUUAGUUGUACAGGUAGUCCUUGGGUUCAGCGACCAUUCAAAGUUACGACAUUGCUGAAAAAAUGGAAUUACGAUUGGUCCUUGCACUUAACGACCAUCACAGCAUCCUCACGGUCAUGUGAUCAAAAUUCUGGCAAUUAACAACCAGCCCAGAUUUACGACGGUUGCAGAGUCCUGUGGUCACGUUCUCCACCCCUGCGCAAACUGCCUCCGACUCCGCCCCCUGCCAUUCUCCCCCCCCCCACCUCUGCCCUUUUGGCCACAUUGCACAGCAUGGCUGAGACGAAGAGGCUGCUGUAUUCUGCCACUGCCACCCCCAACAGCCUAGAAAUCCUUUUAGCAGAAAGAGUCUAACCCACAGGGCUGUCCUUGGAGUAAUCAGCAGGCACAGGCCAGGAAAAGAGCCAUUUCUUGGACACUGUCUCCCCCACUCCCCUGGCCCUGGAAGGGCCCAACAUCGGGCUGGAUCUGGAAAUGGUACUGUCUCCGGGACCCAACCAUCCUCCCUUGCCUGGCCUUUCUCUACCCUCUUUGCGGCGUCUGUAGGCUGUAGGGCGGCCUGGUCAGAAGAGGUCCCUAUUCAAGGGCAGUCUACCCUUGCAAAUCCGGGAGCAGAAAGAGGAGUGGCUCUCCACCUUACAAGUGCUGUGGGCUGCAGUAGGGAAGAGGGAAGUGUCAAGGGGGGAAGGAGACACUGAAGCAAUGGAUGCACACACCUGCUGCCUGGAAUCAGUGUUGUGAGACAGCUGCUGGUGGCCUCUCUACCCCUGGGGCCGCUGCCCGCACCAAGGCAAUCCCAGAGGAACUGGAUGUAGAUGGACUUUGCAAGCCAAGCACCAGUGUGGACAACAGCAGCACCAGCUCCACUACCCGCGCAGGCGAUGGGUACAACCUUGGAUGGGAACCCCGCGGAGUUCUCCAUCACUGUUGCCACCCUGGAAGGCGGCUCAGAAGAUACUGGCUGUACUCAAAUGGAUGUUUAGCUGGUGUGCGUAAUAGGUUGUGUGCUGUGUCUUUUCAUGGAGACUAACAGUACACUUGGAAAGAGAUAAGCAGCUAAUGGCUUCUGAGUCAAUGAUCCCAGAGCAAGGAAAACAUAUGAUAACAGGAAAAAGACAUCAAAAGCAGGAAGGAACACCUUUGAACAGUGAUGGGGAAGAAGAAACAUUUGUAUUUGAAGCAAAUGAAGCUUGGAAGGAUUUUCACAGCUCUCUCCUCCAUUUCUAUGAAGCUGGGGAGCUUUGUGAUGUGACGCUAAAGGUGGGUUCAAAGUUGAUUUCCUGUCACAAGCUUGCCCUGGCUUGUGUUAUACCUUACUUCAAAGCCAUGUUUCUUUCUGAAAUGGCAGAAGCUAAACAGUCAUUGAUUGAAAUCAAAGAUUUUGAUGGUGAUGCCAUUGAAGACUUGGUCAAGUUUGUGUAUUCAUCCCGACUAACGCUGACAGUUGACAAUGUCCAGCCUAUCUUAUAUGCUGCCUGCAUUCUUCAAGUGGAGAUAGUGGCCAAAGCUUGCUGUGAGUACAUGAAGCUGCAUUUUCAUCCUUCAAAUUGCCUGGCAGUGAGGGCCUUUGCAGAGAGUCACAACCGUAUUGACUUGAUGGACAUGGCUGACCGCUAUGCCUGUGAACACUUUGCUGAAGUGGUGGAAUGUGAAGACUUUGUGAGUGUAUCACCUCAGCACCUUCAUAAACUCUUGUCUUCAAGUGACCUGAGCAUUGAGAAUGAAAAGCAAGUUUAUUGUGCUGCUAUUAAAUGGCUUUUGGCCAAUCCCCAGCACCAUGCUUUAUGGUUAGAUGAAAUAGUUGCUCAGGUACGCUUGCCUCUGUUGCCUGUUUGUUUCCUUAUGGGAGUUGUAGCAAAAGAAAAAAUAGUCAAGCAGAACUUAAAAUGCAGGGAUUUGUUAGAUGAAGCAAGAAACUACCAUCUUCAUUUAAGUAGUCAUACAGUACCAGAUUUUGAAUAUUCUAUUCGGACAACACCAAGGAAACACACAGCAGGUGUCCUUUUCUGUGUUGGAGGGCGUGGUGGAUCAGGUGACCCAUUUCGCAGUAUUGAAUGCUACUCAAUAAAUAAAAAUAGCUGGUUUUUUGGUCCUGAAAUGAACAGUAGGAGGAGGCAUGUGGGUGUAAUCUCUGUGGGAGGUAAAGUUUAUGCUGUGGGUGGGCAUGAUGGAAAUGAACACCUAGGCAGCAUGGAAGUGUUUGAUCCUCUCACAAAUAAAUGGAUGAUGAAAGCAUCAAUGAAUACCAAAAGGAGAGGAAUUGCUCUUGCCUCUCUCGGAGGCCCCAUUUAUGCCAUUGGAGGCUUAGAUGAUAACACUUGCUUCAGUGAGGUGGAAAGAUAUGACAUGGAAUCAGACCAGUGGAGUGGAGUCGCAUCUAUGAAUACCCCUCGGGGAGGAGUUGGUUCUGUGGCUCUUCUGAACCACGUAUAUGCUGUUGGGGGAAAUGAUGGUGUGGCUUCUCUCUCUAGUGUGGAGAAAUAUGAUCCUCAUCUUGAUAAAUGGAUAGAAGUGAAAGAAAUGGGUCAAAGGAGAGCUGGCAAUGGGGUUAGUGAACUUCAUGGCUGUUUAUAUGUGGUAGGUGGCUUUGAUGAUAAUUCUCCACUUAGCUCGGUUGAGAGAUUUGACCCUCGUACUAAUAAGUGGGAAUAUGUAGCAGAACUAACAACUCCUAGGGGUGGAGUUGGCAUAGCAACAUUAAUGGGCAAAAUUUUUGCUGUUGGAGGACAUAAUGGGAAUGCUUACCUGAACACAGUGGAAACCUUUGAUCCGGUAGCGAACAGAUGGGAGCUUGUGGGCCCUGUGUCUCACUGCCGAGCUGGGGCAGGAGUUGCUGUGUGCGCUUGCCUGGGCAGUCAAAUUCGUGAUAUGGGUCACGGCUCUAGCAACGUGGUGGACUGCAUGUGAAUUUGGGUUGAAGUCUGUAAUCAUUGUGAAAUGCUUUGACACUCCACUACUACUGUGCAAAGACUUUUGAACGUUUAAAGCAAUGUAUGUAAAUAUACUAAGAUAGUUUUUGUAUGAAAAUUUGAGUGCUGUGGAAGCUUUAAAAUAUUGGAAAAAAUUAAAGUA